UGAAAGGGAGGAGUUCUGCCAAAACUUUGAAGAUCCCUGUAAACUUUGCAAAUUACCCAUCUGUUGGAGACAAUUAUAUCAAACGAUAUCGUGGAUUACAAUACAUGAGAAGUGUUUAGAGCCUGGAAGAUUAUUUAUGUUUGGCUUUAACUCUUAUGGUCAUAAUUUCAAGCAGGGAGGAAAGGAAUACACGAGAACCCUCUUAUUACCUUUUGAAAUAUGAAGAUCAGAGGAAAAGAAGGGUUUAAAGUGUGGAGUGAUGGUCCUCGAAACCUGUCUGUAAAUUAGCUGACAUCCUGCAUCUAUAAAAACAAGAAGGCUUAGAGCUGAUUUCCAAGCACGGAGUGGACCUCCUAAGUCAUUAGCAGUGCUUUGAGAUCUGAAUUUUUAUACGCCACAGGAGGAAAUUGCAGCCUGCGGGGCAGAGUAGCUGCAACAAAUGUUUCCUCCUUGCUUGGACUGAUAGAAGAUUUGGAAGCCAAAUUCAGGAACUGAUAUUCCACCCGUGAGAAAAAGGAGAAGCAUGGAGAGCAAUAAAGAUGAUGAUGGACUGUUGAACAGGAUUGCAUUUCCAGGAGCUGUAUCCCUGCCGAACAACCACAUGCAUCCCCACGGGAUCCCCCUGAGAGAGCCGUUUGGGGUUCCCUUCCCUCUGGACCCUUCUUACUGGGAGCAAGCCUACGGUGGGCGUACAGGUCGCAUCUCCUACAUCCCGUUCCCUGGCUAUGUGGGCGUUUAUGACUGUUCCUUUGAGCCUGCCUUCAUCCGAAAGAGGAACGAGAGAGAAAGGCAGCGGGUGCGCUGUGUGAACGAGGGCUACACACGCCUCAGAGAGCACCUGCCCAAGGAAUUCGCUGACAAGCGCCUCAGCAAAGUGGAGACCCUGAGAGCCGCAAUAAGCUACAUCAAACACCUGCAGAGCUUGCUGGACUGUCGUCCCUUAGGGUCUAGCAGCAAGGAAACAGUCUCUGCCAAGGAAGUCCCGGAAACCUGCAGUCCUGAUCCCCUGCGGGAGUGCAACAGUGAUGGAGAGUCUAAAACCUCUUCAGCUUCAUCCCCGUACAGUGAAUUUGAGGAGACGGGCAGCUAGGUAAUGACCUCUCUGGAGACAGAAAGCUUCAAGUGCAGCUGAAAACAAAUCUCAAACCCUGGGGGGGUUUCUACAGAUGAAAAUGAAUACCAGGAAAAGGAAAGAGCUAGGGGAAAAAAAAAUAUUUUCAGUCUUCAAAGGGCUUCAAAUAUUGUCUGUGCAAAACCUAAAGAUGCUUUGUAAGCAAACAGAUCUCUCUCAGGUGACUUCAGCUGUGUUGCUACGCUUCCUUUGGAUUGUUAAACCUGAAACGACAUUUACAUUCUACUUUUCAUUCAGCUUUUACUCUGUUUGUCUAUUUUCUGCUGCCUUUCACUUGAGACAUCAAAAUCGGAUGCAUCCGUUUUGGGAAGUACCCCUCCCCUUUCUCCUUCUUCCUCCUGUAAGUCUUAUUGUCUGUUUUAUUUUUCCUCUGGCUGCUAACCUGAGGUGCACUGAGUUGCAAACACUUGGACUAGGAAAGGUAAGAUUUAGACAAAAUGUCUCUCCCUAAAUUGUUUAGAAAAUUCACAUAAAUGCUUACAUUUAUGAAAAGACAAAAAAAAGUUGUAGAUCUUGCUAUAUUUGAGAAUGAAUUUCUUUUACAGCAUCUUCUGAAUGGAAAGAAAAAAAACCUCAUGUAUUGGACACUGACUGUUUGGUUAUUUUUCAAAGGUAAUGUUUAGGAAAAGAAAACCUGACACUUCCAUUCUGAUCAUUGCCAGGAAGAGUGAAACAGUUCUGUAAAACUGCACCCUCAGAAGCAAAUCUCCACUUAUGAGAUUGAAAAGAAGAAAAACAAACAAACAAAAAGUUGCCUGCCUUUUUGCUUUACUGGAAACAGUUUAUGGGGAAAACUAUAAAUAUAACUAUUUGGCAGGUCAAAGAUUAUAUGCUUGGAAAUGCAUUCCUGUAGUGGUUAGACACCAGUGUGUGCAAAGAGGGUAACAUUGAAUCGUUGAAUAUAUCGGUUUACAUCUGCAUGAAAAUGUAUUUGUCCUUUUGUUUAGAUGACUUUAUUACUAUUUGAAAGAAUAUACCAUUUAAAAUUAAUCUCUCAGAAUCUAUAGAGUACUUUUAAUUUAGACCUUAUCUACUUAAAAUGAAAUCUCAUCUUCAAAUUGCUUGAAAGUCUUCCUUUCUCCAAGGCCAGAUUUUGAUAACAUUUAGCUGUGUGCUUAAAUGCCAUUCUGAAUAUGGGGUGAACUCUGUUUUACUCAUAUGCUUCUCAUAAACCUCUCAAACUUUUGAUUUCUUGGCUUUGUGUUGAUGAAACAGGUUUGUGUCUUUCUGUCUUUCCUCCAUAUCGUGCUGACUGAACACCUGAAAAAAUACUUGUGUCUAAAUAAGAACAAAUGUUGAUCAAAUACCUCAAAAUGUGCCCAUAAAUUUCCUUUCAAUAAAACAACAAAUUAAUCCUG